UGAGUCAAAGGUACAUGGAUUUCAAAUUGUCUGCGCUCAACUCUAUGGAGGCCCCCAUGAAGACACGAUAUUAUUGGAAUAUCAUUAUUUAGGAUAUUAUCAAACCUCAUCUGAUUUAAAUUCAGACACAUGGGUGGGUUUGUUUUGUUUAGGCUUGGAUGUAUCUGGAAAUGAAACUACGGCUCCAUUAAAUUCCUAGCCCUGAGUAUCAGCUUUAUAGCAACGUUGACAAUUAAAGGCCAUGUUCCCGCGGUCGCGGAGACAACAUGCACCGUAAACACGGAUCUCCUGCGAUACAGAAUGAAUCAACUCCCGAGUCAUGGGUCCUACGUGAACUCGUGCAAAUACGAAGAUGGAUGAGGUCAUAUGACGUCAAGGUACACCCUGCAACGCCGUCAUCGGAUGACAAAAUAAAUAGCACUAUAUCUGAUCAAGCCUGUAGUCUUAAAUUAUUCACAUAUAUUCACUGCUGCGCACCAACGUGCAGGUACAUCUUUCUAGAAAUUGCGCUAUGAUUUGGACGAUACUUUUGCUUGUCCAGGGCAUGCUUCUCUUAUUCGUACUUGUUUCGAAACGCUCCAGGUCAGAGAAAGAGCCACCUUUAGACAAAGGAGUUAUUCCAUGGUUAGGCCACGCCCUUGAGUUUGGAAGAGAUGCUGCCAAGUUUCUAAACCGUAUGAAGGUGAAGCAUGGCGAUAUCUUCACGGUGCGUGUGGCUGGGCGCUAUGUGACAGUGCUACUGGACCCCAGCUCUUAUGAUGCUGUGAUAGAGGACUCUGUGUCCCUAGACUUCACACGCUACGCACAGGUUCUCAUGGACAGAAUAUUCAGCCUGCAGCUCCCCCAUCACAACCCUGCUGUAGAGAAGGCCCUAACAAAACAGCACUUUGAGGGCGGGAGCCUAUCCUGCCUGAGCAGCACCAUGCACCGCCAUCUUCAGUCCUUGCUGCUGCAAGCCCAGAGGCCCUGUCACAACCAGACCGACUGGAACACGGACGGGCUCUUCAGCUUCUGUUACAGUCUUCUCUUCAGGGCAGGGUACCUCACACUUUUUGGAGGGGAGCAGAACAACAACAGAACAGAUCCCACUGACGUCUAUGAGGAGUACCGGAAGUUUGACAACCUCCUGACCAAAAUGGCCAGGACCACACUGAAACCAGAGGAGAAGCGGACCGCCCAGAGUGUGAGGGGGCGUCUGUGGGAGUUGUUGGCCCCGGCGGGGCUGGGAGAGGGCUCCGGGUCCAGCCCCUGGCUGAGAGACUACAGGCACCUUCUGCAGGAAGAGGGAGCUGACGAGGAAACUCAGAGGAGAGCCCUGCUGCUGCAGCUGUGGGCCACACAGGGUAACGUUGGACCUGCUGCAUUCUGGCUGUUAGGUUUCCUGUUGACAAACCCUGAGGCCAUGAGGGCGGUGAGAAGAGAGUUCAGCAGCAUCUCCGAGCAGGACUCUGCAAAGUGUCCCCUACUGGACAGGCUGCAGCACACACCUGUGUUUGACAGUGCCUUAGAGGAGACUCUGAGGCUCAGUGCUGCCCCGUUCAUCACCAGAGAGGUAGUGCAGGAAAAGACCCUGCAAAUGGCCAAUGGGCAGGAGUACCAUCUCAGGAGGGGGGACAGAGUGUGUCUGUUCCCCUUCAUUAGCCCUCAGAUGGAUCCUGAGAUCCACCAGGAACCACAGAGAUUCAAGUAUGAACGCUUCCUCAACAAGGACGGAUCUGUGAAGAAGGACUUCUUUAAAGGAGGGAGACGGCUCAAGUACUACACCAUGCCAUGGGGCGCAGGCACCAACGGCUGUGUGGGCAAACGCUUUGCCAUCAACUCCAUCAGACAGUUUGUGUAUCUGGUCCUGUCUCAUCUGGAACUGGAGCGGUGUGACUCAGAGGCUCAGAUGCCAGAGGUGAACUCCAGUCGCUAUGGGUUUGGAAUGUUGCAGCCUGAAGGAGACCUGGCCAUCAGAUAUAAACCUAGACUUUCACAUUGAAGACAUGACGUUGAGAUCUCUCAAACCAGACGUGAGGUCUGGUUUAUGAAGUUUAGGCUAAUUUCAAAAAAUGUAUGACAAUAUGUCCAUAUAAUAUAUUGUAUCUAUUUUUGUAUCAGCACAAAUGUACAGUGUAAUGUGUUAUUUAUCUUUAAUUAUAAUGUAUAUAUUUCACUUUAACAUUUUCACUUCAUAACAAUACAAUUGUUUUUUGUUCUAGACUAUUUUGUUUGUAAAAUAAGUUGUAUCAAUGAUUAACCUGGCUCCUUAAAACCAGCUUCAAGUGUUUAAAGUGCAUUAUGUAUAAACUAUUGCACCACCUUAA